AUGUCAGACUCCGAAGUCAUUCCAUACGAUGUUCUGCCAACGUUCGAGACCGACAACGAGCUACUCAACCGCACAUUGACUCAGAUAGAGCAGUUUUCGCGCGCUGAUGGACUGCCGGACUACCAUACUGCUGUCAACGAGGAUCCUCCUUUGUACAGGCCAAACAACACUAUACGGAAUCAGGAAAUCCUCCAUGUGCGCGAUAACGAGAAACUGCUGCUGAACAAUCUGGACCAGCUGGAUAGAAUCACCUCGUCAGUCAAGAUCACCAUCAGAGCCACCAAAACCUUCCCUGAGAUGGGAAAGAGCGUUGAGCGUGGUAAUCCACUAAAGGAGUUCCAUGCUGGCGAUAUCGUUACCGGCUGUGUCACGGUGCACAAUCCGACGAGUACAAGGGUUCCCUUUGAAAUGUUUUUAGUGUCGCUCGAAGGCUACGUCACCAUUCCUUCCAUAAUGACCAACAAGGUGACCAAGCGUACAUUUCUCAAGAUGUUCGAUUUCGGAGCAUGCUAUAUGGACGGGUUCUAUCCGACGGCAAAUUUUCCCACACCCACGCAGUGCACGUACGACCCGUUUGACGAGACGUAUUACGGCUUUCCCGAGUCGAAGGUGCUCGAACCAGGGAGCAAACACAAAAAAUUCUUCUACUUUAGGCUGCCCGAAACACUGCUCGAAAACUCAUGUGACCACCACAUCUAUGAGCACUUUGAGAAGCUGCCACCAUCGUUUGGGCUCGACCGCGAGAGUUUCAACGGCAGAGCCAGACAAAUCGCAAUCAAUGAGUCGCUGGGAUACGGCCGGCUGCAGGACAUCGGCUCGCCGAUUCUGCUCAACGAUCAGAGCGAAAAUGGUCAGUCGGUAUCAUAUGCCAUCACAGUGCGAAUGAUUGGCAAGUAUCAGGACAUUUACAAGAACGACCCGAUGAAAAAAUUCAUUAUGAUCAAAGACGAGCAGCAUUUUUUCAGAUUCAUCCCCGACGAGUCUCUUGACUUACCAUCUUACAAAGAUAAUCAGAACCUCGGAAGUAGAUCCACCAAGCAGCAAUUGGAGCGAGUUUCCAGAGCUGCCGAGGAGGCGAUAGAGAGGCUCACCAAAAUCAAGUUCUUGCGAUCAGCAGGAAUCGAAGACGAGCGCGAAGCCAACGAGCUCAGCUUGGCCACCGAAAAGCUCAAGAAAAUGAAUUUAAACUUAUCUGCAGAGCCAAUAAUUUCGCACACUACAGACAGGUACCAAAAUAGCACCACUUUUCCGCUCUACAAGAAAAAGCUAUUUGGAUUCCCAAAUGCCAAAUCUUCUGAAAAACCUAAUCAACUCAGGUUCGAGGCCUCGAUAAGCAAAAAUGUGCGACUUGGCUACAUUGUGCCCAGCGUGCUCUCCAAGAUCUCGUCGACAGAGAUCGAGCAGCAGCAGGCGUCAGUUCUUUCGCAGGUGCCGCUUCAAUCCCCUGUCCUGAGUCCCGUGACGUCUCCGCAUGGAGGCGAACUUGCUCCUGUCAGCUCGUUCAGCAGUCUAAGAUCGCUGAACGACGAGACACUUAAUGCGCUGGUGUCCAAAAUGGAGUCUAUCUCUUUUUCCAAUGAGGUGGAAAUCCAACUGUAUACCACCUCAUCUCACCCCCCGGAGAUUGCGUAUGUGCGUCCAGCAUUGAAGUCAUGCACAAUCUCCUCGCCAUCGCCUAUUCCUGUCACUUUUGAUCCGGACUUUCUGCUCCAGGCCGAGACCCCGGCGAAUGCUAUAAUAGGUGUGAAGGACGAAUUUUCAAAUUAUCUUUCAGAACUCAAAUCGCUCGCUAGACAGACCGGCCGCGGCAUAGAAAAGCAACUGUGCCACGAUCUGAUCUCUCUCUCAAAUAUCGGCCUGGCGCAAAAAACUCUGCCAGUCUUUGAAGAGAUUAUUUUACGGAGCCAGCCUAAAUGGGUGAAAACCAGUGAGGGCUGCUCAACCAAGUUCAAAAUCAAACUCAAGUGGGAUUACGCUACUAUACGAAAGCUGACUCUGUUGCCUAGCUUCAGCAUAUGCUACUUCACUAAACUGUACUACCUGACGUUAAAGCUGGGCUUCAAAAAACACUCAACCAACAACGCAGUAUUGAACGUGCCCAUCGAGGUGGCCAAGAUUAGUUUUGGGAAAAAUUUGCAAUGA